CCAAAGUGGCGCCGUUACACAAAAAUUUGGAUUAUCUUGAGGAAUUUAAGGCCUUGGCCGACGGUAUAGUUGGCCCUGGCACUAUAACCUCACCGUGGACGCCAGUGAGUGCCGGCCAUCCGAGUUCGCUCGGACCGGCUGACUCAAAUGGCAGUAUGGUAGAUAGUAAAAAUUUAGAUGUCGGCGAUAUGAGUGAUGAUGAAAAAGAUCUAUCAAAUGCCGAUGCCGAAGGUGUUUGGAGUCCAGAUAUUGAACAAAGUUUUCAAGAAGCCCUCUCAAUAUAUCCACCAUGUGGACGUAGAAAAAUUAUACUCUCCGAUGAGGGUAAAAUGUAUGGACGCAACGAACUUAUCGCCCGUUAUAUUAAAUUACGCACCGGCAAAACGAGAACCCGCAAACAAGUCAGUUCUCACAUACAAGUGUUGGCACGUCGAAAACUGCGCGAAAUACAGGCGAAAAUCAAAGUUGAACCAAAUGGUGUUUUAGGUGGUCCUGGUGCAAAUAAUGCCGCCGUUUUACAGCUGUUAAAUGAAAAGGAAAAGGCAUUACAGGCUAUGUCUGGCAUGACCAGUUCACAAAUAGUAUCCGCUCAGGCGGUGAAAAAUUUGACAUUAGCUGCCUCUGCCCUUAGUGGUUUACACCACCACCACCAUCAUCAUCAUGCUGUGCAUCCACACCACCCACAUCAUCAUCUGCACCACCAACACCACCACCACCCUAGUAAUCAACACCACCACCAUCCCUUACACAAUCACACGUCGGCCAAUUCGUCCACGUCGUCUUCGUCUUCUUCGGCUGUUAGCGCAAAUCCUUUGGGUCAUCCUUUACGGCCAGAUAUGCCACCACCACCGCCGCAUCCCCACCAUCAUCUCCACCAUCACCACAAUCAACAUACAACAAAUUCGCAAUUUUGGCAACCCGGUCUACAGCCGAGCACUUCACAAGAUUUUUAUGAUUACAGUAUAAAACCAUUUGCACAACAACCAUAUCCCGCCGGCAAACCAUCAACAGCUGUAUCUGGUGAUAUUGAAGCUGGACUUCCGCCAGCACAGCUGCCGUGGGAGGGCAGAGCGAUAGCAACGCACAAAUUUAGAUUAUUAGAAUUUUCAGCGUUUAUGGAAAUAAGACGAGAUGAAAUUUACAACCGGCAUUUGUUUGUACAAUUGGGCGGUAAACCCUCCUUUUCGGAUCCCCUACUUGAGACUGUUGAUAUACGACAAAUCUUUGAUAAAUUCCCCGAAAAAUCGGGUGGUCUUAAAGAUCUCUAUGAGAAAGGUCCUCAGAAUGCUUUCUAUUUAGUGAAAUGUUGGGCCGAUUUAAAUACAGACUUAACUGGCACCGAAACCGGUGACUUUUAUGGCGUAACUAGCCAAUACGAAAGUAAUGAAAAUGUGGUUUUGGUGUGUUCGACAAAAGUCUGCUCAUUUGGUUCGCAAGUAGUGGAAAAGGUUGAAACCGAAUAUUCACGCUUGGAAAAUGGCCGUUUUGUUUAUCGCAUUGAACGUUCACCCAUGUGCGAAUAUAUGAUUAAUUUCAUACAAAAGUUGAAAAAUUUACCUGAACACUAUAUGAUGAAUAGUGUAUUGGAAAAUUUUACAAUAUUGCAAGUAAUUCAAUCCCGCGAAACACAAGAGACAUUACUCUGCAUAGCGUAUGUCUUUGAAGUUGCAGCACAAAAUAGUGGUGCCACGCAUCACAUUUAUCGGUUAAUAAAGGAAUAGCAUGAACUCCCAGCAUUGGCCAAUAACACUAA